AUGCAUCCAGAAAGUGAACAAUUUUUAGAGUUUAAAUCAUUAUAUUCAUUAGCUGAUCAUUUAAAUUGUGAUCUGGAUCAAUUACAGAAUGAACUGAAUGUUAUUAAACCAAUGAUAAAAGAUGAAAAUUUAAAAUCCAUCAUUGAAUUAUAUGAAAAGUUAAGACCAUAUAAAGAAGCAUUUCCAACAGUUAUGUCUAUGAUUACUGGAGCACUUACCAUACCUGUUUCUUCAACAACUUGUGAACGUAGUUUUAAUUACCCAGAAGCCAAAAAAGAACCUGCUAAUACUGGCAAUUAUCGACGUGGUCGCAAGGAAAAAAUUAAAGGUGUCGUUCUUCAUGGUACUGCUGGACCAAAUGCAGUUCAAUGGUUCAAAAAUCCUAAAGCAAAAGUCUCUGCACAUUAUGUCGUUGAAAAAGAUGGAAGAGUUAUUCAAAUGGUUAGUGAAGAUGAUACAGCUUGGCACGCAGGAGUAGUCAGCCCUAAUUCGAAAUAUGCAAAGGGUCCAAAUCCCAACUCAUGGCUAAUAGGUAUUGAAUUCAGUCGAGAUAGAAACAAUGCAAAUAAAAUGCCUGAAGUGCAAAUAAAAGCAGGCCUAAAAUUAGUUAAAGAUAUGAAACGAAGAUAUGGAAAACAAUUUGGCGUAUAUACCCAUGAUCAAUUUGAAACUACGAGAACAUGUCCAGGACCAAAGUUUCCCGUUAAACGUUUCAAAGAUGCUAUCAAGGGCUGA